AUGGAACUAGGGCAACCUAGCUCAAAGACAAUCUUGACAGUGACAAAUGUCAAAACUCUCUUAGAGCAUUUCCACCCAUUUGUCAUGGCAAAAGUUGCUUACGUCACAAUGACGUCAACGUUAAGUCAUCUUGCCCAAGCAGCAGCCGGAGCAAGUCUUGCCUUGGGCCUUGCCCAGGCUGGUGGAACCUAG